AUGGCUCAAAAAUACUUGUCAAAUGAGGUCUACAACAAUGAAAACUGUGAUGCAGAGAGUGCAGAUGAUCUCUGUAUUUCAGCCAUGGCUUACUAUCCUUUCCCAUAUAUGCCUAUGUUAGAGGACAAUGAUUCUACCUGGAUCGAUAUCCUCUCCUUCCCAGAUGAAACAAGAGAUCAUAAGAAGCUGAGGCGAACUAUAACAACUUUUGCUGAUCAUGAAAGCAAAGAUAGUUGUUGUAUUGGCCGCAGCAGCAGCAGCAGCAGCUUGAGUAGCAUGCCAGGGCAGAAUUUCCGGGAUCAUAUAUCCACUUAUAAUCAAAGAUAUCUUGCAGCUGAAGCUGUUGAAGAGGCUGCUGCAGCAGCAGCCAUGAUCAAUGCUGAGGAAGAAGAUGGAAGUGCUGAUGGGAUGAAGCUUGUUCGACUUCUCAUUGCUUGUGCUGAAGCUGUGGCUUGUCGUGACAGAUCACACGCCUCUGUUUUACUCUCUGAGCUUCGAGCAAAUGCUUUGGUUCAUGGCUCUUCCUUUCAGCGUGUGGCUUCUUGCUUUGUCCAGGGCCUUGCUGGUAGGCUGGUCCAACCAUUUGGAGCAGUCGGUUUUGCAGCACCCAUUAUGAACAUAAUGGAUGUUUCCACAGAGAAAAAAGAAGAGGCCUUUAGCCUUGUUUAUGAAAAUUGCCCAAAUAUUAAAUUUGGUCACUUUGUUGCCAACGCAACAAUAUUGGAAGCCUUUGAACGAAAGAGUUUUUUUCAUGUGGUGGAUUUGGGGAUGACCCUUGGUUUGGCACACGGCCAUCAGUGGCGUGGGCUGAUCGACGGCCUUGCCAACCGAGGCAGCGGUCAGCCGCUCUGCCACCUUCGAAUAACCAGCGUCGGUCUUUCCAUUGACCGAUUCCAGAUCAUCGGAGAUGAGCUCAAGAGUUAUGCAAAAAGAAUGGGGAUAAAAUUUGAGUUCUCUGUGGUGAAAUGCAACUUGGAAAAUCUGCAGCCUCAAGACAUCAAAGUGUUUGAGGGUGAAGUUCUAGUUGUGAAUAGCAUCCUCCAGUUGCAUUGUGUAGUCAAGGAAAGUCGAGGAGCUCUUAAUUCAGUCCUGCAGUUAAUUUACAAGUUCUCACCAAGGCUUUUGGUUCUGGUUGAGCAGGAUUCAAGCCAUAAUGGGCCUUUCUUUCUUGGGAGAUUCAUGGAAGCACUGCACUACUACUCUGCAAUUUUCGACUCCCUAGACACCAUGCUACCUAAAUAUGAUACAAAGCGUGCCAAGACGGAACAAUUCUACUUUGCUGAGGAGAUUAAGAACAUUGUGAGCUGUGAGGGGCCAGCAAGAGUGGAAAGGCAUGAGAAGGUGGACCAGUGGCGCAGGAGGCUGAGCAGGGCAGGAUUUCAGGCUGCACCCAUUAAGCAGAUGGCUCAGGCCAAGCAAUGGCUUGGCGAAAAUAAGGCCUUUGAAGGUUACACCAUUAUGGAAGACAAGGGUUCCUUGGUGCUUGGCUGGAAAUCCAGGCCAAUUGUCGCAGUUUCUUGCUGGAAGUGCUAA